AGGGAAGGAUGGAGAGUAACAUCCACCUGGGUGGACUGCUAAGUCGGCAUGAUGAUGAAGCCACAAGAACAUCCACCUCGGAAGGGCUAGAGGAAGGAGAGGUGGAGGGAGAGACUCUCCUGAUUGUCGAGUCAGAGGAUCAAGCAUCUGUGGACUUAUCUCACGACCAGAGCGGGGAUUCCCUUAACAGUGAUGAAGGAGAUGUGUCGUGGAUGGAGGAGCAGCUGUCUUACUUCUGUGACAAGUGCCAGAAAUGGAUCCCAGCCAGUCAGCUAAGGGAGCAGCUCAGUUACCUUAAGGGCGAUAACUUUUUCAGGUUUACUUGUUCCGAUUGCUCGGCAGAUGGCAAGGAGCAGUCUGAGCGGCUGAAGCUGACGUGGCAGCAAGUGGUAAUGCUGGCAAUGUACAAUUUGUCUCUGGAAGGAAGUGGACGUCAAGGUUAUUUCCGGUGGAAAGAAGAUAUCUGCGCUUUUAUUGAGAAACAUUGGACUUUUUUACUAGGAAACAGGAAGAAGACUUCAACGUGGUGGAGCACAGUAGCAGGUUGCCUCAGUGUGGGAAGUCCUGUGUAUUUCCGCUCAGGUGCUCAGGAGUUUGGAGAGCCUGGAUGGUGGAAACUUGUUCAUAAUAGGCCCCCGACAAUGAGACCCGAGGGAGAGAAGCUGUCUGCCUCCACUUUGAAAGUGAAAGCCUCAAAACCAGCGCUGGAUCCCAUCAUCACUGUCGAGGGACUCAGAAAACGGGCAAGCCGGAAUCCUGUGGAAUCUGCCAUGGAAUUGAAAGAGAAGCGGUCUCGAACACAGGAAGCAAAAGACAUCAGAAGAGCACAGAAGGAAGCAGCUGGCCUCCUUGACAGGAGCACCUCCUCUACCCCUGUCAAGUUCAUAAGCCGAGCCCGGAGGCCAGACAUGGUUCUGGAGAAAGGGGAAGUGAUUGACUUUUCAUCUCUGAGCUCCUCAGACCGCACCCCCCUCACAAGCCCUUCUCCUUCCCCCUCUCUGGAUUUCUCUGCCCCUGGGACACCAGCCUCGCAUUCAGCCACGCCUAGCCUGCUUUCUGAAGCAGAUCUCAUCCCAGAUGUGAUGCCACCCCAGGCCUUGUUUCAUGAUGAUGAUGAGCUGGAAGGAGACGGAGUUAUAGACCCAGGGAUGGAGUACAUCCCACCCCCAGCAGGGUCAGCAGCUUCUGGGCUGCUUGGGAGCAGAAAGAAGGUCAGAGCUCCCGAACAGAUAAAACAGGAGGUGGACAGCGAUGAAGAGAAGCCAGACAGGAUGGAUGGAGAUAGUGAAGACACAGAUUCAAACACUUCUGUGCACACUAGGGCUCGAGAAAAGAGGAAGCCACCCCUGGAGAAGGACGUGAAGCCCAAGGGGCCCAGGUAUACCCCUGUGAGCAUCUACGAGGAGAAGCUGCUGCUCAAGAGGCUGGAGGCAUGCCCCAGUGCUGUGGCUAUGACUCCAGAAGCCCGGAGGCUGAAGCGGAAACUGAUCAUCAGGCAGGCAAAGAGGGAUCGGGGUUUACCACUGUUUGACUUGGACGAGGUUGUGAAUGCUGCGCUUCUGUUAGUCGAUGGGAUUUAUGGAACCAAAGACGGAGGAGCAUCCCGGCUUCCAGCUGGACAAGCUACAUACCGUACCACCUGCCAGGACUUCAGAAUCCUUGACCGAUACCAGACUGCCUUACCAACCAGGAAAGGAUUCCGGCACCAGACCACCAGAUUUUUAAAUCGUUUGGUGGGAUCAGAAGAUAUGGCUGUGGACCAAAGUAUUGUCAGCCCUUAUACUUCUCGGAUCUUGAAGCCUUAUAUCAGGCGUGAUUAUGAGACAAAGCCACCCAAACUCCAGCUCCUGUCCCAGAUUCGUUCCCACCUGCACAGGAGUGACCCUCACUGGACACCUGAGCCUGAUGCACCUCUCGAUUACUGCUAUGUCCGACCAAAUCACAUCCCAACCAUCAACUCCAUGUGUCAGGAGUUUUUCUGGCCUGGCAUUGACCUGUCUGAGUGUCUGCAGUAUCCAGACUUCAGUGUUGUAGUCCUUUAUAAAAAAGUCAUUGUUGCCUUUGGCUUCAUGGUUCCAGACGUGAAGUACAACGAAGCUUACAUUUCAUUUCUGCUUGUCCAUCCUGAAUGGAGAAGAGCGGGGAUUGCCACGUUCAUGAUCUAUCAUUUGAUUCAGACGUGCAUGGGCAAGGAUGUGACUCUUCACGUCUCAGCAAGCAACCCUGCCAUGCUGCUGUAUCAGAAAUUUGGCUUCAAGACGGAGGAGUAUGUUCUGGACUUUUAUGAUAAGUAUUACCCACUGGAGAGUACAGAGUGUAAACAUGCAUUCUUCCUGAGGCUCCGCCGCUGAGGUGAACCCAGUUCUUCCCAGAGGCUGUCAGAAAAUGGGCCUUCAGGAGUGUGCAGGCAGUUGUCCUCACAGUGGGCCUGGUCGCCUGUGGGUAGUAGCUCCACAUGGCCCAGCUGGGCGAGUGAAACCAUGUGCAGUGGUACAGGUAGGAAACUUCCAUCCAGAAACCCUCCAGCCCAUCCUGGAGUGGCUUCCAGCAGCAUCCUGGACUCCACUGUCAGCCAAAACCAAGUGACUCUGCCAUCCUCUUUCCACACAGUAGUGCGUGAGCACGUGAGGGCUGCUGAAACGAAGCGUUUGAGAAAGGGCCUGCUCGUCCUGGGUUAGAGCUCAAGAAACGUGAAAGGCGCUGAAGGCUCGCAGUGCCCACAUGGCCGUCUUCUGUCCUGGGAAUGAGAGAUUAUAAGGAAUGAUUCCUGCCCUGCUCCAGCCUGCAGUGUGCUGUCAUGGAAUCCCAGGAACUAUGGGGCAUGGAGUCCUACCUCUUGCUGACUUUGAUCCCAGUCAGGAGAAAGAAAUUCAAUGUUUAUCUCCAUGCUGCUUGACAUGGGCUGCCUGUUGGCAUUUCCUUGCAGGAACAGUGGCCUGGUAUAAUUUUUCUUAGCAUGGCCUGGGAAAAUAGCUUGAGAGGAACGGUUAAGCUCGACACAGUAGAUGCCUUGUUUGGCCCUUCUCAUGCCCAGAACAGUUGCAUCACAGCAGUGGAGGUGCGGAGUGGUGCAGGUAGCACUGGAGGCCCCGUCAACAGGGUGAAGCUGCUUCCUGUGCUGCAGGAGUCUUUGGACCCUGGAAGUGCAUUUCCAAAAGCAUCAGAUAUUCUCAAAUAAAACCUUACCGAGUAACAGCUCACA